AAUUUCGAACAUGAAUGCACUUGGUUCCGUUUUGAUGUUUUUUUCUCGGGAAAGUUUAACCGUUACCCUAUUCAAAGAUAUAACAAGACAAGACAUAAAUCCCCCCUGAAUCAGCGACGUAGUUCCACAUCUCGCUAACAAAUGUAUUAUCAAUAAAUUUAGUGAAAUUAUUUGUGAUUACAACGUCGCAUUAAUCUCAUCAUGUGAUUUUUCACCAGAAUCUCUUUAAUUUUCAUUGUUUGCAGCUCAUUGUUAGCAUGCUAAGCACUUUAGCGACACGGCACAAGCAAAAAAAAAAAAAAGCUACGAAUUGUCAUAAAAUGGCGCCGCUUUAGUAGCGCCAAGUAACAAGUAGCAAGUAACAACAAAAAUGGAAUAAAUUAAGUAAUGAAACAAUUAGUUUUACGAGCGAGCUAACUGGUAAAACGGAAACGGAAAUGAUGUUGGGAUUUCUCUCUUGCUCUAACGAAGCUGUUCAGAGAUUUAAAUGUGAUGCUCUCAGAGCUGUUGGUGGCUUCGCUUGAACUAAACGAGCGGUUUUUGUUAAAUUAUCUCGGCGACAGAACUUUAUACAUUUUAACGGACAAUUAUAAUUAAUCUGUUGCGUUUAUCGUGACAGGUGAACACGCUGAGGGAGCGAACUGGGCCGUUAAACUGUCAGGAGUAAGCUAGCUAACAUAGUAGGUUACGUUGGUUAGGUUUUUUUUAUCUGAACAAAAACACGUUUAACGGUGCUGUUAAUGACUUUUAACAACGUUAAUACAGAAGUAUAAUUGAUAACGAUGUACAGGAGUGUGUAGCAGUGUCUCAGCUCCUCUCCUGUGGACAGUUAACUGUCAGUGUCACAGUCUCUGUUCACCUGCUGACACAGUUUCAACAUGUAGCACCGGCUGAACCUGAGCAGUGAUGAAUGCUGGGAAGCAGGAAAUCCAAAUAAAAAGAGUUUCCUCGAAGAAAAGGUCGAGGGUCAGCCUGCAGACUCACCUGACACCUGCCAGGAAGAAGAGAGGAGGGGGAACCUGUCUACAGCAAUGUCCCAGAAACAGGAAGCUUAGCAGCAUCAUGGCUCAGAUACAACCUGCUGAGUACUGCAGCGACAGUGAGGACUUAUUCGGGGACUAUGACAGUCUCCUGGAGGGCAGCUCCUUCCUGGCGAAGCUGGACGAUGCAGAACAAAGUGAAAGGCAGCGUGACGUCCAGACUUCACCUCACAUCGUCGCUGUGGAUCAGCAGGACUUCAGGACUCUGAGACUGGCCGAGGAGGCCGUCCGGACUUGGUCCGGUGAGGACAACCUCACAGACUCCAUCUUAAACGGACUCGGAGACGAACCCUUUGAGGACCUGCCGUCCAGCCAGGUUCAGUUUCAGGAACAGGUGGAUGAACAUGUGAAGAGGAGCCGGCUGCAGGACGGAGGGAAAACCUCGACACCUUCCAGAGACACUGAGGGGACAGCUGAGGCGGGGACGGACAGGAACAUGGACGAUAAGACAAAGAGACGAAGCAAAGCGAGAAGGAGUGUGACGGACCAGCUGAAGAGGACGAUGCUCGGUAACGCUGCCUCUCCCUCAAAUCUUUCUCGGACCGUGGUGUUAAAGGAGGCGGUGGUUUCCGAGGAGAUGAGCGUCGCCAUGCAGGCCAUGGAGACGGUGUCAGCUGAGACGCCCGACCUCGGGCCCUUCUAUGGACUCCCCUCCAAAGUAAAAGACCUGAUGCACAAACUGAGAGGAAUCCAGAAGUUAUAUGAUUGGCAGGAGACGUGUCUGAACCUGGACUGUGUCCAGCAGAGGAAGAAUCUGAUCUACUCUCUUCCCACCAGCGGAGGGAAAACUCUGGUGGCAGAGAUCCUCGUCCUCAGAGAGCUGCUGUGCAGGAAGAAGGACUGUCUGUUCAUCUUACCUUAUAUAUCUCUGGUGCAGGAGAAGGUGCGGGGGUUGGCGAGCUUCGGCCUGGAGCUGGACUUCACGGUGGAGGAGUACGCCGGCAGUAAGGGCAAGUUCCCGCCGGUGAGGAGGAGGAACACGAGCUCGCUGUACAUCGCCACCAUAGAGAAAGCUCACAGCCUGGUGAACUCUCUGAUAGAGAGCGGGCGGCUGGAGAACCUGGGGCUGCUGGUGGUUGAUGAGCUUCACAUGCUGGGAGACGGCAGCAGAGGGGCGGUUAUUGAAAUGACGCUGGCUAAAGUUCUGUAUAUGAGCAGAAACACUCAGAUCAUCGGGAUGAGCGCCACUCUGGGAAACAUCAGAGACCUGCAGACGUUUUUAAAGGCUGAGAAUUACACCAACGACUUCAGACCUGUGGAGCUGAAAGAAUACGUCAAACUGAACGACACCAUCUAUGAAGUGGAUCCAAAGGAAGAAGACUGCUUCAAGUUCUCACGUCUCCUCAACUUCAAGUACUCCAGUGCCAUGCAGAAGAUCGACCCGGAUCACAUCAUCGCUCUGGUCACUGAGGUCAUUCCAACACAUUCCUGUCUGGUCUUCUGUCCCACCAAGAAGAACUGUGAGAACGUCGCAGGGAUGAUCUGCAAAUAUCUGAAAGAGGACUUCCUGCGGCACAAGGAGGCGGAGAAGGCCGUCCUCCUCAGAGAGCUGCGGGACAGCGGGAACGGCUCGCUGUGUCCGGUGCUCAGGAGGACGGUGCCGUACGGUCUGGCCUAUCACCACAGCGGACUGACCACGGAGGAGAGGAAGCUGGUGGAGGAGGCCUACUCCAACGGGGUCCUCUGUCUCCUCACCUGUACAUCCACCCUCGCCGCAGGGAUCAACUUACCUGCCCGCAGAGUCAUCCUGCGGUCUCCGUACGUGGCCACAGACUUCCUGAAGAGGAGUCAGUACAAACAGAUGGUGGGGCGGGCCGGGCGAGCAGGGAUCGACACUGUGGGAGAGAGCGUCCUCAUCCUGCAGGACAAGGACAGGAACAUGGCUCAGACUCUUGUGAGUGCGCCGAUGGAGAACUGCUACAGUAACCUGCUGCAUGACGAGGGGAAAGGCGUCCUGAGUCUCAUCCUGUCUCUGAUUGGACUGAAUAUCACCACCUCGUCCGAGCAGCUGAGGGACUUCCUGAAGGGGACGCUGCUGUUCGUGCAGCAGACACAGCUGUGUGUGGGGAGGAGCCUGUGGGACGUGGUGACGCAGUGUGUCGACCUCCUGAAGGAGAAGGAGCUCAUCACUGUGACCUCCGACCCACAGGGUCAAAGGCUGCAGGUCACCAAGCUGGGAAGAGCCACCUACAAAGGCUCGGUGGAUCUGACCUAUAGUGACCUCCUGUACAGAGACCUGUGCAGGGGUCUGGAGGGUCUGCUGCUCAACAGUUACCUCCACCUGGUGUACCUGGUCACCCCGUACGACAUGAUCUCUCAGGUCAAACCCGACUGGAUGAUUUACUUCAGACAGUUCACGCUGCUGUCGGCCGCGGAGCAGAAGAUGUCUGCGGCCGUCGGCGUCCCCGAGAGUUUCGUUGCGAGAAAAGCUGCAGGACAGACGGUGAAGAACAGCGUGACCAUGGCGGUGGUCAGCAGGAUGUACCUGGCUCUGGUUCUGUUCUCGCUGCUGAAGGAAACGAACCUGUGGAGCGUGGCCGACCGGUUCCAGCUGAGCCGAGGAUUCAUCCAGACUCUGCUCAGCUCCUCGUCGGCUUUCUGCUCCUGCGUGCUGCACUUCACAGAGGAGCUGGAGGAGCUCUGGCCCUUUAAGGCUCUGCUGACGGAGCUGACGCGGAGGCUGAGCUACUGUGUGAAGGCGGAGCUCAUCCCUCUGAUGGAGGUGGCCGGAGUCAUGGAGAAUAAAGCUCCAGAGAAACGGAGGCUCCUGCAGAACUUCCUGUUGUCAGGUUUCCUUCAGGGUGAUGAUCAUCUGUCUGUGUUUCCUCCAGUCCCGAGCCAAGCAGCUCUACAACGCCGGCUACAAGACGCUGACUCACCUGGCCAACGCCGACCCCGCCCUCCUGUCCAGGGCCGUGGAAAACCUGUACAAGAAACAGGCCGACCAGAUCGUGGCCUCGGCUAAAAUGGCGUGUCUCUGUGCUGCAGAUGCUGGUGAAUGAGAAGGCGGCGGCUCUUCAGGAGGAAGUGGACGAGCUGCUGAUGACGCCGUUGGACCUUCCUCAGCUGUGACUCCUCAGAAGUUCCUGUCUCUGUCGACUGCUUCUGUUUUUAUUGUUUCAUCAGUGUGAAAUAUAUCUUCAUUAAAAUAAUGUAGACUC